AUGUUUUUAUUAAAUAAAGGUUUGGUGUUUUUAAGUAUCAUUAUUCAAUUCAUUGGUGCUGUUUUAUUAAGUUUUUUAUUAUUGGGGUGUAUUGAUACUUCAUCAAAUUAUUCAAAUGUCUAUCUUUAUGAAUAUCAAUUUAAUUCAACAUCAUCAAUGUAUGAACAUGCAAAUGCGACAAAUUCAAAUUUACAAGAUAUUUCAGUUAGAGUUGGUUAUUUAGGUAUCUGUUUAAAUUUAGAUUCUGAAUUAACAUGUUCAAGUUAUAAUCAAUUAAAUGGUACAUAUUCAAUUUCAUUAUUAGAUUCAGAUUUAGAUUUAAUUAAUUUUGCCGAAGCCUUUAGUAGUAUUUGUCAUCCAAGAGUUUUAGCUAGUUGUAUUGCAUUAACAUUAAUUGUUUUAUUAAUUUUGUGUUAUAUUAUGAUUCCAAUAAAAGCUGGUAAGUUAAUUGUUCAUAAAGUGUGUUUGGCUUUUUCAUUUUUAAAUUUCUCACUUUGGGGUUUAGGUGCUAUGUUACAACAUCAAGCAGUUAUAACUUCAGUUGUAAUUAGUGAAGAAUCAAGUUUGAAUCUAAUUAAAAGUUCAACAGGUGGUAGAGCCGAAGCAAUGACUUGGACUGCUUUUAGUUUCAAUUUGAUAGUGUUCUUUACUUUAUUACUAGAGAAUUGGAAGGACUUUAAACAAAGUCAAGCUACUAAUGAAAAAGUUUAA